AUGGAUCCUCACCAGCCAACCCCAGAAGAAAUCUAUCCUCUGGCUCUUCUCAUUGAUGAGCUUAAGCACGAUGAUGUCACUCUGCGACUCAAUGCUAUGCACCGACUUUCGACAAUUGCCUUAGCUUUGGGUGAAGAACGAACUCGUUUAGAACUUAUUCCAUUUUUAGAAGAAGUCACACAGGAAGACGAAGAUGAAGUUUUGACUGUUCUCGCGGAGGAAUUAGGCAACUUCAUUCCUUAUAUUGGUGGUCCCGAAUAUGCUUACAAGUUAAUUUCAACUCUCGAGUCUCUCAGCGCAAUGGAAGAACCAUUGGUCCGAGACAAGGCCGUGGAGUCCUUAAAUAAGAUCAUUGAAACUCAAACCCCAGAACAAAUCAAGGAACAUUUCAUUCCUCUUAUCAAGCGUCUUUCUAUAACGGAGUGGUUUUCCAGUCGUGUUUCCGCCACCGGCCUUUAUGCGUCUGUUGUUAAGAAGCUUUCUGCAUCCUCCGCCGCACAAGAAGAACUUUUAGUCAUGUACAAGACUCUCUGUCUUGACGAAGCCCCAAUGGUCCGUCGUGCGGCUGCCACCAAUCUUCCUGGUGUUAUUGCUGUUUUGCAAGAUGCCAAGUUUGAAGGCAGCAUAUAUUCUAUGUUCCAGUCUCAAGUUAAUGACGACCAAGAUUCAGUUCGACUUCUCUCCACCAAUGUUCUUAUUUCCAUUGCCGAGGCUCUUAAAAAGCAAAACAUUACCAAGUACAAUGUGGAGCUGGUCAACCUGGCUAACUCUCUUUUCACAGAUAAGAGCUGGCGUGUGCGUUACAUGGCUUCUUCUCGGUUUGAGGACUUGGCUGUUGCUCUGGAUUCACCUCUUGCUCGCGAAAAGUUUAUUCCUGCUUUUGUUGGCCUUAUGAAGGAUUCCGAGGCGGAAGUCCGUACAGCUAUUUCCAAACAGAUUCCCGGGUUUUGCAAACUUAUUCCUCGUGAGAGCAUUCUUUCUGAAAUAAUUCCUUCUGUUGAAGGUCUUUCACAAGAUUCGUCACAACAUGUUCGCUCGGCAUUGGCAUCUGAGAUUAGUCGCCUUGCACCUCUUUUAGGCAAGGAGAUGACAAUUGAGCAUCUUCUUCCUACUUUCCUUUUGAUGCUUAAGGAUGAAUUCCCGGAUGUUCGACUUAACAUUAUUUCUAAGCUUCAGGUGGUCAAUGAGGUGAUUGGUGUUGAUCUUCUGUCUAAAUCUCUUUUACCUGCUAUCAGCGAUCUUGCUAAGGACAAGCAAUGGCGUGUUAGACUUGCCAUCAUUCAGUAUAUUCCUCUUCUUGCCGAACAACUUGGCGUUUCAUUUUUUGACAGAGAGUUAGGUCCAUUGUGCAUGACAUGGUUGUGGGAUAAUGUUUAUUCUAUUCGUGAGGCUGCUACAAUCAAUUUAAGAAAACUUGCUGAAGUUUUUGGUUUGGAAUGGGCCAAGAAGGAAAUCAUUCCUCAUAUCAUUGUUGUGGGAAAUUCCACCAACUAUCUGUUUAGAUUGACAGUUAUAUUUGCUGUGUCGACACUUAUACCUGUUGUGGACAUGGAUACUAUCAAUACUUCAGUUCUUCCCUUUUUACAAGAGUUACUUAACGACCCUAUUCCUAACAUUAGAUUCAGCAUUGCUAAGACCUACAAAGUUCUGGUAUCGGCAUUACUUAAACCUGAAUAUCCUGAUGUAUCUGAAGAAAAGGCUAUUGAGGAUAGCCAGGAGAAAGAAGAAGAGACUAAUGCAGAGAGCAAAGACAGCGAGAAAAAGUCCAAUGAUGCCAACAUUCCACAACCUCCAUCUACUCCUUUGAAGAAGAAACUUCCACUGGGACCUCGUGCUGACAAGGAGACCAUUAGACAACUCAUUGACAAGACUGUUAUUCCCAACUUGGAGCGAUUGGCUGAUGACUCUGAUGUGGAUGUGAGGUAUUUUGCCAAUAAGUCUCUUGAGGAGAUUGAUGCUCUUGUUCGUGAGGUUAUUCACGGCGAGAAGCCCACUACUACAGCUAAUUAA